ACAACCAAUCAUAAUGCUUCGCGAUCCUGAACUUAUUAAAUCCGUGAUAUUAAAACAUUUUGACAUAUUCAUGGAUCAUAUUACUUUCAUCGAUGAACAUCAAGAUCCAUUUUUUGGGAAAAACCUCGCCGUCCUUCGUGGAGAGAGAUGGCGCGAGAGAUCUCAUAAAAACCACCAUAAAAACUAGGGAUGAGAAUGGUAUCGUUCGUCCAGACAUGUUACAAUUGAUGAUGGAGAGUAGAGGUAAAGAUGGCAAGACAGAAUUGACUGUCGACGAUAUAGUAGCACACGAGUUCCUUUUCUUUUUUGGAGGCUUCGAGAGUACUUCAACGUUAAUGUGUUUUGCCGCUCACGAAAUGGCAGUAAAUCAAGAUAUACAAGAAAAACUUCAAAAGGAGAUUGACCAACUCUUGGAAGAAACGAAUGGACAAGCACCUUACGAAGCGGUUAAUGGCAUGGAAUAUUUAGAUGCUGUAAUCAACGAGGCUUUGAGGAUGUAUCCGGCUGGUUCGAUGUUGGACAGAUUGUGCUCAAAAGACUUGGAGCUACCACCAGCAUUGCCUGGUAUAAAACCCUUCACUAUAAAAAAAGGGUGCGGCAUCUGGGUACCGGUUUAUGGACUUCAACAGGAUCCUAAAUAUUUCCAAGAGCCGGAGAAGUUUGAUCCCGAGCGGUUUCGUGGUGAACGGAAAAAGAACAGUCUCAACUGCGGAGCCUAUUUACCUUUCGGUCUUGGUCCAAGAAUGUGCAUAGGUAAUAGAUUCGCAUUGCUGGAGACGAAGAUUCUACUUUUUCAUCUAUUGGCCCGUUGCGAUUUGAAAACCUGCGAGAAGACAUCGGUACCGAUGAAGAUCGCUAAGAAUAGCUUUCUUAUGAAACCUGAAGGAGGAUUCUGGUUAAAUGUAACGCCAAGGAAAAAUACGCAUCAUUCUAUUACAACUAAUGUUAUUACUGGAACAAGCCAGAUGUAAGAAAAAAAUUAUUUGUCAAAUUUUUAAAAUUUAUAAUUAAAUGUAUCAAACUAGCUUCUGAUUUUUUAGUUAACGUAAUGUUGAUUAAAAAGGAAGUUUUUUAAAACAAAUAAUUGCAUAAGAUAAUCAGGAACAAAAAAUAUAUAUAUCGUUAUAUGUUAAAAAUUUAUACAAAAAUUUUAUAUAUAAAUAUUUAUAAUAUACAUAUACUAGAAUUAGUUAGCCAACAUUAGAGUAAGGAAAAUUAGUUAACGUUAUUAUAUUGUGUUAAUUAGUGUUAUAAAAUAUUAUGCAUAUUUCAAUAAUUUGCUAAUUUGUAUGUAUAUUGCGAAGUAUGUAUAUCUUUGAAUAAUACGUCUGCCAUUUAAUUGGAUUAUGCAUAUAUUUGGAAAAAUGUUCAAAAAAUUGAACAAAAAAAUAAUCGGUUUUUGUGAAAAAAUUUUCAUGUGUCAUACAUAUUAUUGCAAUAGGAAAGUGCAUGCAUAAAACUAUGUGCAUAUUUAUACACUUGAUAAUAUUUACUAAGUUUUAUAUAUAAUAUAUCGUUUCAUUGAAAAUGUAUACUGUAGCUGACGAUGAAAAACAGAAAUAAGAAAGAGAACAAAAAAUAAUUCAUUAUCGAAAAUAUAAUGCUUAUAAUGCUACAAGUAUUUGCUUCUUUUCCUUGAUGGUUUUUCGAUAGCAAUUCGACACUGAUAAGUUUCACAAAAUUAUCGUCAAUCGUGAUAUCUCAGAUUAGUUUCUAAAUCGAUGAAACAUUGAGGGACUUGAAUAGAAAACAUUCUUAGCGAUCAAUGAGAUGGAAUAUAUUUGGAUGCUGUAAUGAAUAAAACUCUCAGAAUGUAUAAAUGGUAUUGAACAGAAUAUAUGUAAAGAUUUUUAAA